UCUAACCUGGAGAGACACAAGAAUACCCACAUCCUGGAGAAACCAUGGAAAUGUCGGGACUGUGGGAAGGGAUUCCCCUCCCCAUCUGCGCUGGAAACUCAUCAACGCAUUCACACUGGAGAGAAGCCAUUCACAUGCUCAAUGUGUGGGAAGGGAUUCACUCAAUCAUCCCACUUGCUGACACACCAGCGAGUUCACAGCGGGGAGAGGCCAUUCACCUGCCCUGAAUGUGGGAAAGAAUUCAGUGAUUCGUCCACCUUGCGGAAGCACCAGCGAGUUCACGCUGGGAAGAGACCAUUCACCUGCUCUGAUUGUGGGAAAGGAUUCAUUCAGUCAUCACAUCUGGUGACACACCGGCAGGUUCACACAGGGGAGAGGUUGUUCACCUGCUCCAUGUGUGGAAUGGGAUUCACUCAGUCAUCUCACCUGCUGAGACACCAGCGAGUUCACACCGGGGAGAGGCCAUUCACCUGCUCUGACUGUGGGAAGGAAUUCACUCAGGUAUCCAAUCUGCUGAGACACCAGCGAGUUCACACCGGAGAGAAGCCUUUCACCUGCUCUGAGUGUGGGAAGGGAUUCAGUGAUUCAUCCAGCCUGCAGACACACCAGCGAGUUCACAGCAGGGAGAGGCCCUUCAUUUGCUCUGACUGUGGGAAGGGGUUCACUCAGAUAUCCAACUUGCUGAGACACCAGCGAGUUCACAACCUGGAAGAGACACAAGGCACCAUGGAGAAACCGUGGAAAUGUGGGGACUGUGGGAAAGGAUUCAGUUUCCCAUCCCAGCUGGAAACACAUCACCGCAUUCACACUGGGGAAAGGCCGUUCACCUGUUCUCAGUGUGGGAAGGGAUUCACUCAGUUAUCUACUUUGCAGGAACACCAACGGAUUCACACUGGGGAGAGGCCUUUCACCUGCUUUGAGUGUGGAAAGGGAUUCACUCAUUCAUCCGCCCUGCGGCGACACCAGCGAGUUCACACUGGGGAGAGGCCAUAUACCUGUUCUGAGUGUGGGAAGGGAUUCACUCAUUCAUCUGCCCUGCAGAAGCACCAGCGAGUUCACACCAGGGAGAGGCUGUUCACCUGCUCUGAGUGUGGGAAGGGAUUCAGUCGUUCAUUUGCCCUGCGCAAGCACCAGCAAGUUCACACUGGGGAGAGACCAUUCACCUGCUCUGACUGUGGGAAGGGAUUCACUCGGUCAUCUCACCUGCUGACACACCAGCGAGUUCACACUGGGGAGAGACCAUUCACCUGCUCUGUAUGUGGGAAGGGAUUCAGUGAAUCAUCCACCCUGCAGAAUCACCAGGCAGUUCACACCGGAGAGAGGCAAUUCAUCUGCCCUGUGUGUGGAAAGGAAUUCACUCAGUUAUCAAGCCUGUUGCGACACCAGCAAGCUCACACUGGGGAGAGACCAUUCACCUGCUCCGAGUGUGGGAAGGGUUUCAUUCAGUCAACCAGUCUGCUGACACACCAGCGAGUUCACACUGGAGAGAGGCCAUUCACCUGCAGUGAGUGUGGGAAGGGAUUCACUGAUUCAUCGAGCCUGUGGAAGCACCGGCGAGUUCACACUGGAGAGAGGCCAUUCAUCUGCUCCGUGUGUGGAAAGGGUUUCACUGAGUUGUCCAGCCUGCGGACACACCGACGUGUUCACUCUGGUGAGAGACCAUUCACUUGCACUGAGUGUGGGAAGGGUUUCACUGAUUCAUCCAGCUUGGAGAAACACCGUCGAGUUCACACCGGGGAGAGAUGCCCUUCACCUACUCUGAGUGUUGGUGGGGAUUCAUUGAUUUGUUGAACUUGCUGAGACACAAUGGCUGUCACACCAAUUGGUGGCCUUUUAGAUGCUUUGACUGUGGGUGUUAGUUGUAUCAACUCAGUUUAAGUGUCUACACAUGGAAGGCAUUGAUUAGAUGGUUGCAUGAGUGUCUGGAAAGAGAAACUUACUGACAUAGAGUGGAUUGAAGUCAGGAGGUAUGUAUCUGUAAUGUUUCACUCUGUGAACAAAUAUAUACAAGUAAAGAUUUGCACCUGUUUCUUCCUUCGCCUUAAGGCUGUCAGGAUUAUAACAUGGUAACUGAGAAUGCUUGUCUAAUGAUGUAGGUUGGAGAUUUAAGGAAAAUAAAAUUUCAGACAGAAGUUACAAUCCGAGUAGCUUUUGUGAGAAAUGGCUGAAAGCAAGUGGGAAUUGUCAGCAUCUGAUUAGCUGCUGAUGUUCUCAGAGUCUGGGCCAUACAACCAGUGGAAGAAUGAAGUGGAUAUGUGGACAUGGGUUACAUCCCUACCAAGGAAAAAACAAGGUAUGGCCUUGGCAUUGUCACUUGUCAAAUCAGAAGCAAAGUAUUUUGUGAGCUGGAUGCCCAUCAGUUGGAUACUGAGGAAGGUUUGGAUCUUCUAUUUGGGUUCGUUGAUGAGAUUUACAAGAAAGAUGAUCUAGUGCAUUCCUAUGAAGCAUAGUCAGACUUUGAUAGAUUUUGAAAUCAGAUGGUCAUUCCAUGGAGGAACAGAUCAUGGACUUUAACAGAUUGUAUAAAAGAUUGAAGAAAUUCAAUUUGCAGAUGCCUGGUUCAGUGUUAGCAUUUAAAUUGCUGGAUUGUGCUGAGAUGUCACAUAUGGACAAGCUUUUGGUUCUAACUGAGUUUCAGUUCUCAGAGAGAGACUCUCUGUUGAAUCAGACGUGAGAUGUGCGCUGCCUUCAAAAAAUUCCCGGGAAGCAGUCAUUUCCAGCAGCCUUGAUGGAAUAAAUCGAACAUUC